AUGGCGGCCGCAUCGUCGCUCCACGUCGCCGCCCCGGCCGCCACCCCGCGGGUGGGAUCUGCCGGCCCCAAAUCCGCGUCAGGUACGGCGAGGAGCGUGCGCGUGGCCAGAUCGGGCGCGGCGGCGCGUCAUGGAGGCAGGCUGGUGGCGUGUGCCGCCGUUGCAGUUACCAAGGCUGAUGCGCCGGCGAGCGAGGCGGCAUCCAAGUCUGAAGGUCAUGAGGUCUUGCUGUUCGAGGCUCUUCGCGAGGGUUUGAUGGAAGAGAUGCAAGCGGAUCCAACAGUGUGUGUCUUUGGUGAAGAUGUUGGUCACUAUGGUGGUUCUUACAAGGUGACCAAGGGUUUGGCUGACAUGUUUGGAGACCUUCGGGUUCUUGAUACACCGAUUGCGGAGAACUCAUUCACCGGCAUGGGAGUUGGAGCAGGCAUGAAGGGGCUGAGGCCUGUUGUUGAAGGCAUGAACAUGGGCUUCCUUCUCCUUGCUUACAACCAAAUCUCAAACAACUGCGGCAUGCUUCAUUACACCUCUGGUGGCCAGUUCAAGAUACCACUUGUGAUCAGAGGUCCUGGUGGUGUUGGUCGCCAGCUUGGUGCAGAGCAUUCACAGCGUCUUGAGUCAUACUUCCAGUCGAUCCCUGGUCUCCAGAUGGUUGCUUGCUCCACUCCUUACAAUGCCAAGGGUUUAAUGAAGGCUGCCAUAAGGAGCGAGAACCCUGUCGUGCUAUUUGAGCACGUCCUUCUGUACAACCUGAAGGAGAAAAUUCCGGAUGAGGAGUACACUCUAUGCCUGGAGGAGGCUGAGAUGGUACGGCCUGGUGAGCAUGUGACUAUCCUCACAUACUCGCGUAUGAGGUACCACGUGAUGCAGGCUGCAAAGACGCUGGUGAACAAAGGGUACGAUCCUGAGGUGAUUGACAUAAGGUCGUUGAAGCCAUUCGAUCUGCACACAAUAGGCAACUCCAUCAAGAAGACCCACCGCGUGCUGAUUGUGGAGGAGUGCAUGCGCACUGGCGGGAUCGGCGCCAGUCUGAGAUCGGCCAUCAUCGACAACUUCUGGGACUACCUUGACGCCCCCAUCAUGUGCCUGUCGUCUCAGGACGUGCCAACACCCUACGCCGCAACUUUGGAGGAUGCGACCGUCGUGCAGCCUGCCCAGAUUGUUGCCGCCGUCGAGCAAAUAUGCCAAUAG